AUGCUAACAUCGGUGUUGUUACCGAACUGCGUGAAUAAAUAACCUUUCGUGUAGCGCGUGUAUGUGUGUGCGCUGCAGUCAGCCUUCAUGUAGCAUGCUGUUAGCUUCGCUGCCAUGUCUUGGCAGCAGGAGCGUGGUUGUGGAAAUUAGCAGCCAGUGCUUGUGCCAGUUGAUGUUGUUAGAGACGAGGAUAUAUGUAACAUUUCACCCCCUUGCUUUUAAAUACGCUGGCUGAAUUGUUUGUAAUAACUUAUAAUAAAGCAUGUUUGUAACCGCCUGGCUCAGGAAUAUGUAAAUCAGUGAGGUGAAAUCGAUACAUUGCCGUCUAGAGCACGUGGUAGUUAACCCGCCGCUUUGCUGCUACACAACAAAUCACGUUUGUAACGUCACCGUUGCCCAAAAAAACUGGCCAUAUUAACUAAAUCGCUCGUGUGUGUCAUCUAUGUGUAGCUAUGAUGAAGUAUGUGGUGUAAAAUCGUGUCCGGGGAUAAAAAAUGCGUGUUUAAAUACUGAUCCGCGGCGUAGUCGUCGUUGCGUCUUGUGCUAAAAUUAGCUUAGCGUGGCUAACUAGUUAGCUCUUACUGCGCACAUCUUCCAGCCGUAUGAAAUACACACAGGCGUCUCAUAACUCGUAUUUCCCGAGUCGUUUAGCUAAAAUACGUCGUUUGUUGUGUGGUGCGACAGUUAUGAGUGUUUAUCGGUUAAUGUUGGAUCGAUAACUUAAGUUCUAGCUUCAUGCUAAAUGCGGAAAGCAUUGUUCUCUAUGACGCCAGGGGGGCCUGCGGCUUGUGGCGGAGUGGAGUCACGUUUCAGGGCUGCUACCGUGCAGACGCGCCCCCCGGCGGCCGUGCCGCAGGCCCGCAGCUCCCGGCAGCGUCAGCAGACAACAGCUGGUUUUAUGUCUGAGCUACAAACCCCGGCGCGUUCAAGUCUGUGGGAGAAAUGCGGUGUUUCUUCCCGAGUCGACGUAAACACCCCUAUAAUUUGUGUCAAACGUUAAUAUGAAACUUAAUGUGUAGAAACAGAUCUUUUUGUUUAGAUAAUUAUUUUUUUGCCUUUGAUAUUCACAGUUUUGGUUGUUAAUCUGUUAUUCUUUAGUCAAUCGUUCACUUUUUUUGUAGCCAAAGAAAAGCCUUUGUGUGCUUAAACAUUGGUCUAGAUAUGGUACAGAAUUUCCGCGAAUAGUUUUUCCUAACACCAAGGAAAGAAAUGGCAGGCAAAAAGACAGUUUUUAUCUAAAAAUUAACGUUUUAGGAUAUUUACCUAACCAAAGAUGUCUUCCUCGUGUCUAAAUUUAUAAAAGUGAAAGUAAAUAAUGCAUAAUUUGCAUAUUUCACUCUAGAACUAGACCCUCAGGAUCUAAUACAAUAUUUUAAAUAUGUAUAAAUCUAAGUAACAGAGAAAGAUUACUGAUUAUAUGUUAAUAUCACAGUUAAUGUUCACUAAAUGUUGUUAAGUUGCAAGCUUUACAAUUUGAUUGGCACAUGCCUGCCUACUCUUUCAUUUUUUUGUAGGACAGACAUGUUUACAACUAUGUGAGCCGUGUGUUCGGUCUGACCUUUAGGCCUAGUAAAACAUCACAGAUCUGGUUCUUCAGGUUUGCUGCGGAAGUCUGACUUGAAUGGUUCACUUAUUUUUCCCCUCUGAGUAAAUAUGUCAGAAGGUUUUGUUACCAUGAUAUUCAUACUCAUGCUCUACAAGUGCUUUAAGGGGCAACGAGUUCAGAUGAAUGCCCUGUAAAGUUCCAGCCUGGCCAACAUCCCCCUCAGUCCAGAGACUGCUCAGGACCAAGAGAGGCGAAUUCGCAGGGAAAUCGCUAAUAGCAACGAGCGCCGGCGUAUGCAGAGCAUCAACGCAGGAUUCCAGUCCCUGAAAACACUCCUGCCGCACACCGACGGGGAGAAACUCAGCAAGGCGGCCAUCCUGCAGCAGACAGCAGACUAUAUCUUCACCUUGGAGCAGGAAAAGACGCAGCUUCUGGCACAGAACAAUCAGCUCAAGCGCUUCAUCCAGGAGUUAAGUGGCUCAUCGCCUAAAAGGAGGCGAGCAGAGGAGAAGGAUGAAGGGAUUGGGUCUCCAGACAUGUUGGAGGAGGAGAAGGUUGAAGAGCUGAGGAGGGAGAUGUUAGAGCUGCGGCAGCAACUAGAUAAGGAGCGCUCGGCUCGCAUGCAGCUGGAGGAUCAGGUGCGCUCUCUGGACACUCAGCUGCACCCAGAGCGUCUGAAGGUGAUCACCCAGCAGGUGGAAGAGGAGCAUGCACUCAUCCAGAGCCAGACCCUGCUACGGCUACACCAGAUCCACGCUGUGGACAGACAGACACACAGUCCACAGGUGUUGGCUUCUCCCCCUGCCCCCACCCACCACCCCACGGUGAUAGUCCCAGCUCCAACACUAACCCAGCACCCCCACCAUCACGUCACAGUGGUCACCAUGAGCCCAUCAGCCCACACCAGCACGGUGUCCACCUCUAGACAGAACCUGGACACCAUUGUGCAGGCCAUCCAGCAUAUCGAACGCACUCAGGAGAGGAGAGCCAGCGCUGAGGAGGAGCAGAGAAGAGCUGUCAUUGUAAGCCCUGCCCACAUCGCCAUGGACACCGCCUGCUCUGACACAGACACUGACACAGAGGGGGAGGACAGUUCAAUGAAUUGAUCCAUCCCAUGAACUCUCUCUCUCUUUUACUCUCUC